AUGGCUGACCACGAUCCAUCCGAUCCCUUUCUUUGGGAUGAAAAUAGAGUGGUGCAGGAACUCUGUACUACAAAUAAAUCUUGGACAGCGCCUUCGGCCAAGAAACUCUCGGAUCCCGUCGCGCUUGAGGCAAAACUCCGUGACCGUUGGGUUGACGGACAGACACUGCUAACCUAUGACGAAGUAUUUGGCUUCGACUCGCUUUGGCAAGCCUUAGAAGUGAAGAAGCUUCCCGACCGGCUGUCCAUAGAAGCAGCCAUUGCGCAGUUCAGGAAGCGCAGCGCCGGCUAUCAUGAGUGGAAGAGGGCCCAACAGCUAGCGGAUAGCCAGACUUCCGACGGCGACAACCUCGGUCAUCCCAUUAAGUCUGGUUCACACACAUGCACGGGUCCCGACUCGAAAGCUUACCUAGGUGCCCUUGGUGGGACAAGCGUGGAUCACAAACCUGCGGGUGGUGCUCUAAUCGAACCCAGCUCUGUCCUGCCGGAGCUAGCACUAUCUUCACAGGGCGUUCUAUCUCCUGCCCUUUCUCCUGCUGCAGAGCCCGCCGUCCGGAAACCCUCUGAAGCACCCGAGAUCUUGAACGUGGAGCAACCAACCGCGGAACAGCCACCUAGCAAAAGGAGGAAGAUUACCCCGGUGCCCAUCUCGGCUGACAUAAGGCCAGACCAAGCUUUUGCCGCCAUCCCAACCGAAGGGGAUAGAUUCCUGAAGGGGCCAGCCGAAACUCUACCACAAAUCCCAACCAACGGGGAUACAAUCUCGAGAGGGACAGCCGAAGAUUUAGCACAGGCAGAUGAUUGCUCCGGUUUUCUUGGCCCUGGUGCCCUCUUUGUCAACCAACUCACCAAAACUGGGAGCAUUGACAGCAAUGAUGCAGCCGAGAGUGAUUUUGGGUGGACGCGCAAGGCGAUUCCUCCAGGCCGGCGCCUCCAGGUCGCGGGAGCAAUGAAGCGAUUCCUCCGCACGCACCGCGCCACCGUUCCAACAGUUAACCAGGAGGAGGAUUUGGAUCCAGCCUACCCACUCUUCGGUGAAUCGGACGACGAUGAGAGCCUCGACUCUGAGACUUGGCUCGCAAUGGAAGAAGAAGAACAGGAGCGGUUAGCCAAGGCAGCCCGCAUGGCCCAAGUCAGAGAGCGGCUUCUCAGCAAAGACCAGGUCGCAGAGGCAGUUCAAAGGGCCAUACAAGACCUUGAGGCGCGAUGGGUCGCCGAAAAGAAGCCGGGUUAUGACCGCAAGGCCUGGAGAAUUUGGCAAGAGGCUCGCCAUAACCCGAACCGGAUGGACACGAUUCACAAGGCAAAGGGGUUGAGGGACAAUGCUGAUCGCCAGCUUACUCUCUUCGCAAAUGAGAUUAUCGAACUGUCGUGGUCAGUUGAAAAUGAAGUCCAGCAAAAGGCCGCUGGUAGUUUGGAGAUGUGCGUCUACGAGAGGAAGUACCAAAAUUGGCUCAUUGGUGUCCUUGAAAGCCCCCGACAGCCCCCGAAGCCCUCGGCGCUUCCUAAACCGGCCACCAAGCCCGUGAAGCGCGUAAGUACUGUUGAGGAUGAGGAGGUCCUGACCAGCGACUCCGAUGACAUGGACGACUUCAUCGACUAUGACGACAACGAUGUUGCUUUGGUCGAUGACCAUAUGGAUAUUGAUUUGGAUCCGCAACCUGCGCAGCCUUCUACUCCCGGCGGCCCAGCUUCCGGUGUGGAAGCAGACACCGAGCUUCCUGAGGCACCGCCUGCGUGCUCCGGCGAUGAAAGCAACAACGACCUUCCGCCAAUCCGGUCCUCUCCGAAGAAGAUCAAAACCGAAAAAGCCCCGCCUCCUGCGACUCCCCGUCAGGCCCACAUUCCGGAUCGUGAAGUCAUCGAGAUAGGUUCUUCUCCUUCGUCAAUGGAAGAGCUUGACGAGGUUCCAGGUUUCGAUGACCUUGAGAGCAUCGAAAGAAUUGGGCAGAUCGGGAUUGAAUACUGGGAGAAAUACAAGGAUGCUGAACGGCUCGUGGCAGCACUACUAUGCGAUUGGUCUCCACGGGGAUUAGCCAAGAUUGCUGAGGCGCUCAACACCCGCGAUCCCCGCGAGGUCUGGGACGAGUAUAUAUGGCCGUCUAUCGAGAACCCGGAAGUAGCCGAACGCGGCUCAGUCGAGCUGGAUCUGGGUCGCCUUUUUGAUGUCUACAUAAGCAAGACCGCCUCGCGCGUUGGAAAGCCGCUCAGACCUAUAACGCUGAAGCAGCUGAAGCGCGAAGAAGAGUCUUUUGCCCCCUUUUGCGCCCAUCUCCAGAGAAUCAUUCGGCAUUUGCUGCCCAACGCUAUUAUUAAAACCCCACCUCGCAUUGUUGUUCUCAAGAAACCUGCUGGUGGCUCUGCUCAUGAGGAACCAGAGGCUGGAGCGGGAAACGAUCUGGAGGAUUCUGAUAGUGAUUCGGACGAAUCACUUGAAUCCUCAAGCGACGCGCCGGUCCCUUCGUCUAAGAAACGACGUCGGCAAGCUCGCAAGCAGCGGGACAAGGAGGCAGAAAAACUCAGACUCAGGAACGUCAAGCUCAACGAGGAACGCGAGCGCCGCAUCAGACAGCUUCGAGAAAAACUUGCCGAAUCAGGAGCAGUACCUGGCGACAAGUCCCGUCUGAUCGUCAAUGAAACAAAAGAAUCAGAUGAUCAAGCCCUGAUAUACAUCAAUGAUCACAUCGGGAGGAAAAUCAAGGACCACCAGAUUGAGGGCGUUCGAUUCAUGUGGAACCAAGUCGUGGUCGACUCCAACGUCAGACAAGGCUGUCUGCUAGCCCAUACCAUGGGUUUAGGCAAGACCAUGCAGGUGAUUACGCUGCUGGUCGUCAUCGCAGAGGCGUCUGCAUCGCCUGAUGAAUCGGUCCGCUCCCAGAUACCGGAGAGUUUGAGGGAAUCCAAGACUCUGAUCCUGUGUCCCGCAAGUCUCGUGGACAACUGGCUCGAUGAGAUCAUGCUCUGGGCACCCGGCAACGUGUUGGGCCCAGUGAGGAAAAUCGACCAAGCUGUUCCAGCCCGCGACCGUUUUUCGCUAAUCCAGGAAUGGGCGUCGGGCGGCGGUGUGCUCGCUAUGGGAUACACGCUCUUCACAAGCCUCGUCAAGACGGAUGAGGUCGCAAAACUUCUACUUGAGACUCCCAAUCUUGUAAUUGGCGACGAGGCCCACCAGCUGAAAAAUCCCGAGUCUAAACGACACCAAGCCACCACCGGCUUCAAGACAAUGAACCGCAUCGCCCUGACGGGAUCGCCGCUGACCAAUAAGGUCAUGGACUACUAUAGCAUGAUUAACUGGGUGGCUCCCAACUACCUAGGCCCCGUCGCUGAGUUCAGACAGAGAUACGAGAUUCCUAUCAAGGAGGGUCUCUAUGCUGACAGCGAUUCUACCCAAAAGAGGAGGGCCCGGAAAAUGCUCAAAGUGUUGAACGAGACCGUGGCCCCCAAAGUCCACAGAAAGGAUAUCCAAGUCCUCUUUCAGGAGCUGCCCGCGAAGAAGGAGUUCAUCAUUACGCUACCCUUGACGGAGCGCCAGGUCCUCCUGUAUGAAACUUACAUUGAGUGGGCGACAACCUCGGCGGCUGGGGAGUCGAUGAAUGUGCGUGCAUGGAGUCUCGCAGCUACGCUUGGGCUUGUUCUGGCCCAUCCUUUCAUCUUCAAGACUGUGGCGCAGAAGCGGAAGGACAUGUCCAAGGCAGCCAAUGACUCACAAAGUAGAGUGGGUGAGGAGGACAGCAUCGAGGGGCCCGAGAAUGUUGUGCAUGAUAUGCUCUCUAAGGUUAGCCAGCGAGACAUCGAGGAUUACGCUCACUCGAACAAAAUCAUCGUCCUCCUACGAAUCCUGGACGAAUGUAGGAAAGUGGGCGACAAGGUUUUGAUUUUCUCUCAGAGGAUCCCCACGCUCGACUACCUCGAAAACAUCUUCAAGAGACGGAGAGUGGUGUAUCAGAGGCUGGAUAGCCAGACUCCAGUGACAGCACGGCAGAGCUCGGUCAGGAGGUUCAACACGGACCCAAACUCACAAGUCUACCUGAUCUCCACAAGGGCGGGAGGCGUAGGUCUCAACAUGUUUGGAGCCAACCGAGUCGUGAUAUUCGAUUUCAGGUACACACCCGCCGAAGAACAGCAAGCCAUCGGACGAGCCUACCGGCUGGGCCAAACAAAGCCGGUCUACGUUUACUGGUUGACCAACGGCGGCACAUUCGAGGACAUCAUUCACAACAGUGCGAUCUUCAAGACACAGCUCGCCUCGCGAGUAGUAGACAAGAAGAACCCGGAUCCUUGGUCCAAGCGUGGCUUUGCUGAAUAUUUUGUCAUGCCCAAGAUUCCGGAUCAAGAAGACUUAACUCAGGCCUUCGGCCAGGAUCGGGUUUUGGAUGCUCUGCUCCAGGACGAUGUCAUUGGCAAAAUCAUCCGGAAGAUCACCUCGACCGAGACUUUUGAGAAGGAGGAGGAUUAUGAGCUCAGCGCCGAGGACCAACAGGAGGUGGAAAAACUUCUCGAGCUGCAACGACUCCGGCUUGAGAAUCCGGAGGAGUACGCGCGAAGAGCGCACGAGAUACACUGGGAAUCGCGGAUAGAUCUUGGGAUGGCCCCCCCGCCACUCAGCUUUCCUCAGCCAAGCCCUGCCGACAGUAAGUUCCAAACGAUAACGCAGCCGACAGACAAUCGAAGUGGUAGGAUCAUCACAAUCAAGGUGCCGGAGCACAUGAGGGACGAUCGUGCUCCGAAGUUGCCACCUGCCGUGUUCGACGGCUCGGUUUCCUCCACCGGUCUUGUUCAAGGCACCCUGCCGGCCGUCGCGCGCCUCAACCAUACGAACUUGCAGAAGCCAGUACUAACUCUGAAUUCUGAUUCAGCUCGACCGAGUGCCCCCUCUCUCCCGUCCCCUCAUGCUACAACCAGUACCCCAAUCCCAACGUCUACACAAACAUCCACUGUCCCGGGAAGCGCAGGGAUCGGUGAAUCCACCACACCAUUGACGGUCACCAACCGCCCCGAUGUUAUUUUAACACAGACAGCAGGCCUUCAGCCUAUACUAGCUGUGGGCACACAUUAUAAGUCCCCGAACGACGCCUUACCUUCCACAGCUCCAAUCAGAUCUCCUCCAGCCAACGAGGAGCUCAUGAGUACUAGCGCGGUUUCGGAGAGCAAGGCAUCGUUAUCAGCGUCCCUUCCCGCAAAUCAAGAAUUCAAGGAGUUGUUUGACGUCCACAGCAAGCUAUGCGAAGAAGGGCAGCAUACUCGCUACCAUCCGAACGAUCUGGUCAACAAGUACAAGGGCGUGUUGAUUCAGAACAGGAUUGAACCGCUGCCGUUUCUGGACAAGAUGCAGUAUCUGGGGAGAUUCUCUGAGAAGCCGAGGUUCGCCGAGGCGAUGCUUGCCGGGCACAUCAAGCCGGAGCAGCUGGCGUCUAUGACGAGGUCUGAGAUGGAGGUUAUGUCGACGUCACUGGAUGCAAUGCCUGAGACGCAAUUCAAGCAGCUAGUUUGGACGUCCAAGGCCGAUCUCAACGUAUGCGCCGACACCCACAACACACAACUCUCCAGCAAUCUUCAACAGACUGACACAUGA